ACAGUUGCCCUAUCUUCUGAGAUGUGUAGUUGUUCCAUGUUGAGCAGGCUGACAGUGGGAGUGGGUGGUGUCUGCUGGAUUUUGGAAUAUGUUAUGUUAUGGAGGUGGGGUUGUUUGUAGCGGUGAAAGCUUUACAGCCGGCUUCGUCUGAGGUGGUAGUCGGACCAUGAGUGAGCUGUCAGAGUGGAUGUGGAUGUUGUGGGGUUUUGGGGGCCUGACGCUUGAGGGCAGAGAAAAUGAUCAAUCAUUUUUCUAAUGCUUAGUCGGUAUUCGGGACUUAAGGGGGGUUGGGGGGGAGGAGAGUUUGUUUAGGGUUGGAUGGGAUGGGCAUUAGGUUGUGCAUGGUCCACUGUGUGGGGAGGUCUGCUCGGUGGGUUGGACUAUAUAGGCCUCCUCGAUGUAGCUCUUGUUAGACUGCGCAAUACUACAUGAGCUUUUUAGAAGCUUGUUUGUUUAUGCUCGCAGCAUGUCUUGGGAGUAGGUGGGUUAGUGCCGGAGCCAUAGCUGGUAUGUGGAGUUUAUGAAGUAGGCUGGUGGUGUUGGCUGUGGCAGAAAUGGAGGACGAGAUACUUCUUCCGUAACUAGGUUCCAUCUGUGCCUCGGAAUGUGACUGCAGUGCAGCCUGCCCUUUACUCUUGAAGAAGCAGCAGCUGUGAUUGUGCAUGCAAUCUGUUUCGAUUAAUUGGUUUUGUCUUCAGCGCAGUCCGCUGUCAAUGGGAGUGGCGGGCAUCCGACAUGCACCCAGUAUGUCGUGCGUGAAGUUUAAGCUGGCCUGUUUUAGUGUGUCCGCAAAUUCAAAGGCGAAGACAUAUCAGCAGACGCGACUGCAGUGAGAUCUGCCCUCUUCAUCUUUCCAAGGCUCCUUGUCGACGCCGACGACUCUGAACUGAGAAUCAUCUAACUCAUCUGGAUGUCUCUCGUCGGCGCAGCAGGCGAAGUGCUCGAGAAAGGCACGGCGGCGGCAGAUUGCAGCUAUGUCCGUGUACGGCCCAGAUGACGAGCCAGCCAGAAUCAUCGAGCACCAUCUACACCUCUCUUGACCGAACGCGGAAGGAAAUCAGGCUGCUGGAGAUCGUUUCAGCGGACCCUGAUGUCACGUUGAAGCUCCAUGUGGCCUCACUCGUUGACGAACCGGUGUUCAGUGCGCUCUCCUAUGUGUGGGGAUAUCCUCCUGUCUGGGUGGACAUCAGGGCCGAUGGAGCAGCUAUCUCUGUGACGCAAAAUUUUGUGGACGCUGUCAGAGACGUUCAUCGUCUUUGGACAUCAAAAGGCUUGGACAGACCAUUGGAGUCGAGGAGGCUUUGGGCAGACGCUGUCUGCAUCAACCAGGAAGAUGUCACAGAGAAGAACUUCCAGGUGCCGCUGAUGAAAGAGAUCUACUCCGGAGCCGAGCAGGUUUUGUCUUGGCUGGGCAAGUCAGGCGAGCCCACCGAUGGCGCCUUUGAGGCUCUGCAGCUGAUCUACGAUGAGCUGGCUCUCUUGCAUGAGGACUCUUCAGAUGACCUCAAAUGGCUGGAAAGACAUCCAGGGCUUUGUCACGGGUAUGCAGGAGAUCCGAGAGGCCCGUGGGAAAGCAUACACAGUUUGAUGCACGUCUCGUACUGGAGCCGGGUGUGGAUAUUUCAAGAAGUUUAUCUGGCGAGAUCCCUGCUCCUGAUCAGCGGGUCAAAAGCCUUGGACUCCGAAUCUCUCCGAAUAGUACAGCAAUGGCAUGAGUCGGCCAUCCUCGGCCGUAAAUCUCCGCCUGAGCAUGUCGGUGCUAGCACCUGGGCGUUCCUCCAAAACCGUCGCAGCUUGUUCGAGAGCAUCUUAGCCAUUGAGAAAGCCCGAGACAUGAUCAGUGAUCUCAAACGACGUCAGUCUCGAAUUCGUAGUAUUCUCAAGAAUGGUAUGAGCGACGACGCCGUUGUGUUCUACAAUCAGGUUGAGACACAUGUACUUCUGUUGUGGUACAUGGCUGGAGUACUCGAGUCCACUGAUCCCAAGGACUACAUCUACGCCCUUCUCGGCAUCUCAGGCUUAAACAUCGAGCUGGAUUACAGCCCUAAGAAACCGGCCUCUGAUGUCUAUCUCAGUUUCUUGAGACUGUGGGAGCAAUGCUGUACGAUGCUGCGCCCAUACUACCCUGCCGAUGCCGAAUCAGGCAUCUUGGACCUUUGGUUUCUCAUUUUCGCUGGUGUCGCGCCGGACAACAGUCCGAACCCUGUGCUAGAGUUACCCUCUUGGGCUCCCAACUUUCCUGCCAUCGCAGCUACCAACGUAAAUGGCGAGUCAUACUCAAUAGCCUCACUGAGCAAAGCUCCGGUAGGCGAGGACAUGUUUGAUAAAGUGGUCGAGCAGUGGAGGGUCGAUGGGACGAGUCUCUACUGCCCAUGCAUUAAGAUCGAUAGGAUUGCCCAUACCGGGCCGGUCCUUGCUGUACUAGACUUGGACCUGAUUUCUUGGACCCUUGAGAGUGUCUCACAGCGACAAAGGUAUCCCGCAGGUUACCAUUCAGCAAUCGCGAUGCAUCAAGCGUUGAUGGGUCAGCAAUUGGACGAAGACCUUGGCAACGUGGUACUGCCUACACUCGAAGAUGCCUUCGGAAUGAUUUGUCUGUUUCUCAUCCUCUCUCGCCCAUCCGGUCAAGGGCCGGCCGUCGAAGACAAGGCUUUUCUGAAAAGAAUGGAGUCUCUGGCACAAAGCCUCCUGAUCGAGCUUGGGAGGCAAGACCAGUUCUCCAUUUUCUGUGAAGAACUGCAGAGGUGCAUUGAUGGCAAUGAUGCAAAAGUGUCCUCCUCCGUUGCGGAUAUACUCGAUGGCCAGAGACUUGAUGGAAUUCAACUUCAGCUUGAAUUGGUCUUGUCAUUGUCUGUAGGCCAUGGAAUCGCUCAAACUAGAAGAGGCUACCUCGGCAAGUUCCCAGCAUUUGUGUGUAAAGGUGACGUCGUCUGUCUUCUCAAGGGCUAUGAUGUCCCCGUGGUCCUUAGGGAGGUCGGUAGUCAUCACAAAUUUGUCGGUUCGGCCUUCAUUGUCGAGCCACUGGGUGGUCGGUCCAUGGAGCAGUUGGAGGCUCUAAGGGCAAGCGUUGAUAUCAUUGAGAUGCGUUGAGCGUGAGGUUGGUUCAGUAGGGACACGCGCUCCUUGCGAUUGAUGUUCUUCCUCCUUGCCCACGCCGUAGCGUCGGCAUCUGCCUCACGAGUCGGCCGCAAGAGCUGAGAAAGCCUCUCUGCCAUGUUGUUUCGCUUGUCGGGUCGUUGUGCCCACUCCUUAAUCUUGGUUUUGCCAUGGUUUACAGUUUC